UUAGCUGCUAAAUUCGUAAUUGUUAAGUAACAAAACAUAUUGGAGCUUAAAAUAAGAGGGUAGGCUCAUCUGAGCCGCAGCCAUAUUUUCAUUUCUGUUUGCUGUACUGGCAUGAAUUGAGAGCCGUCGUCCAGCGAAUGUUCCAGCAGCGUAACUCCAUUCCUGCUUUCGCACAAUAUCAAGCGCUUCUGGAGGGAGAUCAAACCAGUUUCCCUCUCAUGACGGGAAUGAUAAGCGAAGUUGGAGCUGGAGACCAGACUGCAUCUCGUGGAAUGCAGAGGCUGAGGAGCUUGGUCUUCUAGCAGAGACAAUGCAUGGAACUGCUACUCCUCCACUUGAAGAGAAAGCAGCGGCUGAGGCUCGGAUGCCUCCCGUUAUCACUGGUCAGGGGCUCCCAUCCAAAUGAGUAAAAAAUCUCCGUCGCUGCCACCGAGCUGUUCCGCAGCCUACAGCCGGACUGCGGGCCCCGCAGAGCGGACACCGCCGCCGCCGAGUGUCGGUGAUGACGAAGCCCAGCUGCAGCCGGUCUCUGUGAGGCAGACAUGAGCCGAUAGGAACCGAGUGUUUACCGGGCCACUCCGCGGUGAUUAACUCGCCCUAACGAUGUCUAAGAGCCUCAAGAAGAAAAACCACUGGACCAACAAAGUCCACGAAGCGGUGAUAACACGCGGGAAGGACAGCGAGCUGGGGUUCGAGCUGAAGGGGGGCGCGGAGAUCGGCCAGUUCCCCUACUUUGGCGAGGUAAAACAGGGGAAGGGGCUGAUCCAGAGCGGCAAACUGGCCCAGGAUGAGCUGCUGCUGGAAGUCAACGACAUGCCAGUGGCCGGACUCACCACCCGGGACGUGCUGGCCGUCAUCAAACACUGCAAAGACCCGGUCCGCUUCAAAUGUGUCAAACAAGGGGGGGUGGUUGACAAAGACUUGCGACACUACCUCAACCUGCGCUUCUCCAAAGGCUCAGUGGACCACGACCACCAGCAGAUCAUCAGAGACAACCUCUACCUCCGCACUGUUCCCUGUACGACCAGGCAGCCAAAGGAAGGGGAGGUGCCAGGGGUCGACUACAACUUUGUGAGUGUGGAGCGGUUUAUGGAAUUGGAGCAAAGUGGAGCCUUACUAGAGAGUGGAACUUAUGAAGACAACUUCUACGGCACACCCAAACCUCCAGCCGAGCCUUCCCCAGCCGCUCCUCCUCUGAAUGUGAGUGAGGCUCUGCUACCUGGAGCCCGGCCCAGCGCCCAGGGCAAGAGGAAGAGGAACCAGUCCGUAAGCAACAUGGAGCAGCGUGCCAGUCUGGAGCCGCCUGAGGAGGAGGAAGAGGAGAGCCCGGUUGUCAAUGGCAACGGGGUGGCCAUCACACCAGAAUCUAGUGAACAUGAGGAUAAGAGCACUGAUGCCUCUGGGGAGGUCGCUGUUGAAGCCUCCUGUCAGGCCACAGCUUCAGCAGAGGCACCCACCGAGGGAGAGGAAGCUUCAAAAUCCCCCUCUAAAUCCCCUGCCAAAGUUCCAGAUGUAGACGAAGAGGAGUUGGGUCCACUGCCCGACAACUGGGAGAUGGCGUACACAGAGAAGGGCGAGGUCUACUUUAUUGAUCACAACACGAAAACGACAUCGUGGUUGGACCCUCGACUCGCUAAGAAAGCAAAACCUCCAGAAGAAUGUCGGGAAGAUGAGCUUCCCUAUGGCUGGGAGAAGAUAGAUGACCCCAUCUAUGGCAGCUACUAUGUAGACCAUAUAAAUCGCAGGACUCAGUUUGAGAAUCCGGUCCUGGAGGCAAAAAGGCGCUUGGAGCAGCAGAGACAGAUCCAGAGCCAGGGACUCUCUGCACUCCCGCUCCCCACCAUUUACAGAGAGAAACCGCUGUUUACCAGGGACCCGACCCAGCUGAAGGGCAACUUCCUGUCGACGGCCCUGCAGAAGAGCAACAUGGGGUUUGGCUUCACCAUUAUUGGAGGUGACGAGCCCGACGAGUUCCUGCAGGUGAAGAGUGUCAUACCGGAAGGACCGGCGGCUCAAGACGGCAAGAUGGACACAGGAGAUGUUAUCGUCUAUAUCAAUGACAUCUGCGUGCUUGGCACCACGCACGCCGACGUGGUCAAGCUCUUCCAGUCGGUCCCAAUUGGGCAAAGUGUGACCCUGGUUCUGUGUAGAGGCUACCCGCUCCCUUUUGACCCAGAGGAUCCCAACGCAGCGUCGAACACGUCCAUGACGCCCAUCGGGCUGGAACACCGGUCACUGGUUGUAAACGGGCGUGGAACCUACGACCCCUACCUGGAGUAUCUGUCGCUAAGCUCCCAGCUGCCUGCUCAAGCUCUGGCCCAAGCCGGCGCUUCACACCCGGGGGACACACAUCUGGACGGCUCCUCUCUCCCUCCCACCACCCCGGGCUCUUCUUCUGCCCUCACGCCUCAUGAUGACAAUGUGUCUAUGGCCUCAUCGGGGACCGCUGGGGUCAGUGGUGCAGCGGCCCAGGCGGCAGAACUGCUGACCGUCACCAUGGUGAAAGGAUCCGAGGGUUUUGGAUUCACGAUUGCUGAUAGUCCCACUGGACAAAGAGUCAAGCAGGUGCUGGAGCCUGGCUCACAGGCAGCAGCAGGGCUCAUAGAGGGAGACUUGAUCCUGGAGGUGAACCAGCAACCUGUAGCUGCAGCCGGGCACGGACGUGUGGUGGAGAUGCUCAAAGAGUGUCCUGUUGGAGCGGAGGCCACGCUGCUCAUACAGAGAGCAGCCACAGGCCACAUCUCCCCGUGGAAAGCCUCCAAACAGUUACCAGAGCAGUGGGACCCCCACGGAAGCCCUCAGGCAAACCUGACCGGCCCAGUCCUGCCUCCCGGUACACCGUUCCCCAACCAGCCGCAGCUCCGAACUUCAGUACCGGACUCCACUGAAGGUUUCGACCUGAACAAACCAGACCCCUACGAUCUGUACGAGAAGUCCAGGGCGCUCUACGAAAGCCGACGUGAGUGUUUCGACUGCGCUUUGGCAGCUCCUGGUACCAGGCCUUUAACGUCACUUGUCCUCCUCUCAGGUCCCGACUACGAAGAGGUUGAGGUUCACCUUCUGAGGGAGAAGACCGGUUUCGGCUUCCGCAUCCUGGGUGGAGACGAGGCCGUGCAGGCUGUGAGUCCGGACGCCCGUGACAAGAUUGUUAUCGGCGCCAUCAUAGAGAACACUCCGGCCGAGCGGGACGGCCGCCUCAAACCCGGGGACGAGCUCAUUUCUGUGGAUAAGAAUGUGGUUGCUGGGAAGCCACACAAAUAUGUGAUCGACUUGAUGCACGCUGCAGCUCGCAACGGUCAGGUCAGCCUGACCGUGAGGAGGAGAGUGCAGAUGCCAGGAGAACCAUGUCCCGUCAACGGUCGCAGCCCCAGCUCAGUGUCGACCCAGCACAGCUCCCCUCGCAGCGACGCAGCCUCGGCCCUGGGCCCUCAAGUGGUGGCAGUCCCUUCUGCCGCCUCCCAACACGAAGGAUCCGCCCUGCAAACCAGCGACGUGGUCAUCCACCGCAAGGAGAACGAGGGAUUCGGCUUCGUCAUCAUCAGCUCUCUGAACCGACCCGAGAACGUCACCGUCAUCACUGUGCCCCAUAAAAUAGGACGCAUCAUCGAGGGCAGCCCUGCGGACCGAUGCGGGAAGCUGAAGGUGGGCGAUCGGAUCCUGGCGGUGAACGGCCAGUCCAUCAUCAGCAUGCCGCACGCCGACAUCGUGAAGCUGAUCAAAGACGCUGGCCUGACCGUCACUCUGCACAUCAUCCCGGAGGAGGGUUCUCAGUCGGGGCCCGGUUCAGAGAAGCAGAGCCCCAUGACCCAGAAACACAGCCCACAGCCCAGCCCCGCCACUCAGCCGGGCCAAGGGGGCGUCCACCCCGGUCAGGUGACCCUGCAGCCUGGUCAUGUGACCGCUCAGACUGGGCAGGGACCUGUACAGUCACCAGCUCAAAUAAGCCAAAGUGUGGCUGGUCCUGGGUCAGCAGCCACACAGCCUGUCCCACCAGGAACUCAGCAGAGUCCGGUGACUCAGUCUGGCCUCCCUGCUCACCUUUUCCUCCAUGAUGGCAGGUCAGAGGUAAAAGCCAGACAGGAUGUCAAACCUGAUUUCCGUCAUCCUCCGUUCACUGAUUACAGGCAACCACCCGUCGACUACAGACACCCACCAGUGACCGACUAUCGACAGCCCCCGACGCUGGACUACAGACACCCGCCCGGCCUGCUGGACUUCCGACAACAUGCAGCAGCGGCGGCGGCGGCACAGUUCCCUCUAGGGAUCACUGCAGACUUCAGGCCACAGGACUACGACUACUUCACAGUGGAGCUGGAGAAAAGUUCCAAAGGUUUUGGUUUUAGCAUCCGCGGAGGCCGAGAGUACAAGAUGGACCUGUUUGUCUUACGGCUGGCAGAGGACGGUCCGGCUGUACGGAACGGGAGGAUGAGGGUGGGCGAUCAGAUCAUAGAGAUCAAUGGGGACAGCACUCGGGAGAUGACUCAUGCCCGGGCCAUUGAACUCAUCAAGGCGGGCGGGCGGCGGGUCAGGCUGCUUCUGAAAAGAGGAACGGGCCAGGUGCCCGAGUACGACUGUGGCGGCCACUGGGAUUCCUUUUCUACAAUCCACUCUGCCCUGCAGGAAGUGACCCUUGACACCCACCCAAAUGCAUUCCCUCCAUCCCAUCAAGCCUCAGCCCUCGACUCCUCCUUUCAUCAGCUCCCUCUAGAGGCCACAGUGUGCAUGACUGACAAGGCUCCACAGCUCUCAGACCACAGCUCCUUUAAGGGGGCCAAAGGUGGCAGGUCCACCCAGCAGCAGGGGGUCAUGGUGGACCCCGGUCCUGGAGACAGACAGCUGUGUAAGCUGCCUGUUCUGGGUAAGUCUGCGGAGAGAAUGCUGCGGGAGAGCGGCUCCCCGCGCUGUGAGAGGAAGACGGCCAAUCGCUGGGACGUGAACGGAGUGUCUGCUGGUGGCGGCGGCGGGGACGGUCACCUCCAGGAGAGACUACCGCCCAGGAGUCUGCUCCCAAGAGAAGAGCAACGUGCCGGUGGCCUCGGCUGCCCUUCCACAACAGAGACCCCCCCUGCGAGGAGCGCAGCCGUCUCCCCCGGACCCUGGAACAUCCCGGGGGCUGAUAAACUCCCCGGCACCCUGCGCUCCUGGACCUCCACGGUCAGCAGGUAGAAGGAAUCUUCGCCUGUGGAUCAUCUGCAUCCCUCACUCUGUCAUCGGAAACCACACUUUCUGAGUCACACGGCAAAACACAGGACCACUGCACCCACCACCUUAACGGGCUCCACUGCUGCUCGCACGCUCACCCUCUCACAUCCGUUUCCCCCUCUCUGAUGUUCUGCUGAGGGUUAUUGACGGAGCUUGGUGGACCUUACCUUUGCUCCACUCCCUCCGAGGACGGCAUCUUGAGCGCACGGCUCAGUGUUUGGGACAGAAGUGGACACAUGUCAUAUACUGUCUUUGUAAAGAUGUGAAAAUAGUGUACAUUGGUUCCACUCUGAUGCAGACGCUGGUGUUUGAGUCGUUGUUAUAAACACACUUUCUUCAUGGCCUCGACGACAUAUCAAUAAGACUGCGUUACCCGGGACCUCUGAGCAAGGCAGCGGUCCCGUGCAUGGAUAUAAACCUGUGUGUGUGUGUGUGAGAGCGGAUUUCAUUUCACAGCUGGAGGAAAAUAUUUUUUACAAGUGGAACUGUUGUCUUAGCAAGAAACACUUCCGAGUUACCAACCUCGCUGUCAUUGUGGAAAAAAUAUAUAUAUUACUCUGUAUUCAUUUAACGCUUAACCAGAAAAAAAAACUCACCUGUUUUGUCCCCUCCCCCCCAGUUUAUGCCUUUUACUGUGCUAAGUGUACCACAUCACUGUGGGAGAGGGGCAUCGGUGUUACGGUGGGGCCGAGUGCCUUACUCAAACUAAUGCAGAGCUGUUGCUGUUCACUUUGGGAGUUGAAUGCAAAACCAGUAUAACUGACCUGACACACACACACGCACACACAUAUCAGCAACUGUCGUGGAGCCGCUUUUCUUUGCAGCGACGGUCGGCUCGAUGCACUAAAGCUUCUCUGUGUCAGUGACUGCCCUCGUCUCCUGCGACCAAAUGUAGCCGCUGGCGCGACCCACUGGUUGCCGCGCAGCAGAUCAGUCAUCAUCACUUUGCUUUUUAUUACCGAGCAUGUCUUCAUGGAGCAGAGGAGCAGGACCACUUUGUUUUGACUGCGUUCAUGAGGACGGCGUCUCAACCCCCCGGAUCACAUGACGCAAGUAGAAAGUCGAUACAGGAUUUCGAUUCCAUUUGGAGAGUCAGUGAAGUUUGCAGUUUCCCACGUCUCUUGAGCUUGGGUGCAUCCAUGUUUUCUUGUACGUGCUCAGUCAUUCUCAUGGAGUUCGGGACCAGAAAUGGAAAACAGUGGGCGGAGACGAAGCCGUGGACGUAAUGUUAGCGACGCUAGUCGCUAAAUCCGGUCGCGUGAAAACUCGCCACUGGGCUGCAGACGCGUGCACACAGGAGGAAGAAGAGCUGUCCCCACCCCGCCUGUUGUGAGUGACUUUUGUAAACAAUAAAAAAAAAAAUUGCUUUAUCAGACCAUGUAAAGGACGGCACGAUGAAAACUCCCAUCGAGAUCAAGUGUACGUGUGUAGUGUUCAUUGUGUACUAUUCACCCUGUACAGCUGUAUUCCUACAAAUAUGGUUUACUGUAUCAUUGAUACUGUAGUUUCAAAGACGUGAACAACUAUUUUUAUGAAAUGCAACAGUGCUGAUAUAUUACAUUUUGCUAAAAAACAAAAACCUUGUUUACUGAAAGAUAUUCUGAAAUACUGUCAAAUAAACUCUUGACAUGGUGUAAAACCCCGCACGCUCUUUUGGUCGGCGUGGACAAAAACCCACUUUAUUUCCAGCAGUUGGUCAGAGGCACAUUUGUGAGACAGGGACCCAGUUUGUAGCAAAAUGACGGGAGGCGAGUUCAACAAUCCUGACGUGGAUACGCUUACACGCCCGAGCGCUCGCUAAUGAAGAAUUAACUUAACCCGACCUGUUAAUCUUCCUGAUGCAGCUUCCACAGACAGAAUCCUGAAACUGUUCUGCUUCAGUCCUCUCGACCCUGAGCUCAAGUUUGUCAU